AUGAGCGCUGUCCUGAACCUCGCCGAGUGUGGUGGAAUGGAACGAUCCGUCAAACCUAGAAAUAGCUUGCUUAAAUGGAAUACGACCUGCCGUUUAGUCUUCAGUAAAAACACGGUUGUUGCAUCGGGUUCUGUGAUCCAUUUUAGCAGCAAGUAUAUAGUUCUUGCCGAAUAA